AGAUAAAAGGAAGAAAGUACAAAUACUAGUUAGAAUAAGAAUUUGUGGAAGAUAUAAGGCAUAUGCGAAGGCGACAUCAUUUGAUUACAUAAAAUUAACAGUUUUGAUGCCAAUCUUUCGAUUAUGGCCAAAUAAGUUGAAAUGAAUAUUAACAUAUAGUAUAAAUCCGCCCCUUAAGAUUGUUGGGAUUUUCAUAGACAAAAACAAAGCGAGUUAAUUCAAGAUAAAUUAUUUGCAUGAAUCAUAAUACCAGA